CGUCUUCGACAACACAUGCAUCAAACCUUUCUCUAGUUCCAUCUCCGUUUUCUUCUCCCAGCAAAGCCAUCGAUGGCUCCUAAAUCGAAAGAGAAACCCAAAACCUCACAGCCUCCCCCUGCAAUCGAAGAUCUCUUCACCACUCUCGAUAGGCACAUCAAUCGAUCCGAAUACGAACAAGCCGUUAAGGUCGCUGAUCAAGUUUUGUCGAUUGCACCUGCCGAUGAGGAUGCAAAGCUGUGGCUCUUGUCAAAGACGAUAAGAUCGACGACGCUCUCUCCGUCAUUCACUCUUUCCACAAGCUUCCCAUCGAUCUAGGGUUUCAAAAGGCGUAUUGCUUGUACCGUCAAAACAAGCUAGACGAGGCUAUUGCGUGUUAAAGAGGCCGAGAGAGAGAUUCCGAGACUUCGCUUUUGGAGGCUCAGAUUCUCUACCGUCUGGGGAAAACAGAUGCUUGCGUGGGUGUGUAUCAGACGCUCAAGGACUCGGAGAUUGAAACGGCAGAGGUCAAUUUCGUGGCCGGUUUGGUUUCCGCUGGUAAAGCUUCUCAAGUGAAAGGAGCGUUGGAGACUUGGAGGAUCAAACCAACUAGUAGCGCUUUGAGUUGGCUUUUAACACUGCUUGCUCUUUGAUUGAGAACGGUAACUACGCCAAUGCAGAACAGCUUUUGCUCACUGCCAGGAGACAUAAUUGGUCAGGAAACACUCACGGAUGACGGUUUUGCUGAUGAGGAUAUUGAAAAUGAGCUGGGCCCAAUUUCUGUCCAAUUAGCAUAUGUCCAACAGGUCCUUGGACAAACUCAAGAAUCCAGCAGCUCUUAUGUAGACAUCAUUAAACGAAACGUUGUUGAUGAGUCGUCACUUGCUGUUACUGUGAACAACCUUAUCGCCUUGAAAGGUUCCAAAGAUGUUUCUGAUGGCUUGAGGAAGCUUGAUCGGCUGAAAGACCAAGACUCCCAGAUUUUUAAGCUUUCUCAAGCACUUGAUGCGAAGCUUUCGCAGAAACAUAAGGAAGCUAUAUAUGCCAAACGCGUCCUUCUGCUCCUCCAUGCUAAUAAGAUUGAUCAGGCACGAGAACUUUGUGCUGCGCUGACUGGCCUGUUUCCUGAGAGUGUUAUGCCUACAUUGCUUCAAGCUGCUGUUUUGGUGAGAGAGAACAAGGCUGCGAAAGCUGAAGAACUUCUGGGACAGUGUGCUGAAAAGUUCCCGGAGAAGUCUAAGUUGGUUCUCUUGGCCAGGGCACAAAUUGCUGCGUCUGCUACUCAUCCUCAAGUAGCAGCAGAGUCCCUGUCCCAAAUAACUGAUAUCCAGCAUUUUCCUGCAACUGUUGCCACCAUUGUUGCACUCAAAGAGCGCGCUGGGGACAACGCUGGUGCUGCAGCUGUUCUUGACUCAUCAAUCAAGUGGUGGUCAAAUUCGAUGAUAGAAACCAAUAAGCUUAGCAUAUUGAUGCCGGAGGCUGCUUCCUUCAAGCUCAGGCAUGGUCAAGAAGAGGAGGCUUCACGGCUAUACGAGGAGAUUGUGAAAAAACAUAAAAGCACAGAUGCUCUGGUUGGUCUCGUGACUACACUUGCUUGCGUCAACGUCGAGAAAGCGGAAACUUAUGAGAAACAGCUAAAACCGUUGCCGGGGUUGAAAGCUGUUGAUGUGGAUAACCUUGAAAAGACAUCUGGUGCAAAACCUAUGGAAGGCGCUGCUGCUUCAGCGAUGCAGGAAGAAGUGAAGAGCAAAGAGAAGGCAAAGAGGAAGAGGAAGAGAAAGCCAAAGUAUCCGAAAGGAUUUGAUCUGGCAAACCCGGGUCCACCUCCGGACCCUGAAAGGUGGCUUCCGAGAAGGGAAAUGUCAAGUUACAGACCCAAGAGGAAGGACAAGAGAGCAGCUCAAAUCCGUGGCUCGCAGGGUGCAGUGACGAAGCAAGAUAAACAAGAAACAGCUCCUUCAACUUCAAAGUCAAGCCAAGCGACUAAUAAGAGUGCAGGUGCUGAUCAUUCGAAGCCUGCUUCCUCUAAGGCCUCGAAGAAGAAGUCUAGGAGAUGAACAGUUACUAAAAAACAAUAAAAGGACUUGGUUAAAAUCACAACACAAGAGCUGGAUUUAUCAAGUUUUAGUUUUUUUUUGUUUCUUUUAUCAAAUGUUAGUUGUCUUGGCCCUCAAAAGAUUUUGGUUCAUUUCUUUGUCUGCCAUAACUCUUUUGCAUUAAACAAAGAAUCAUUUCUCUCUCA